AUGACGAAUAUUUAUAUUCUAUUUUAUUUAUUAUUAAUUCGUUCAUCUCAUAGUCUACCUUCUCUGCCACCUAGCGCAAUAAAAAUUCAAUCACACAUUAUUCAUGUAAAACAGCAACAACCAUUGACAUUUAUCGUCGAAAAUUCAUCCGAAAUAUUUGAAAAAGUUCCCGGUCUCACUACUCAGUUCUAUCACACACAAUCAUUGUUAUAUAAAAUACGAUUUGAUGGCGUUUGCACAACUUAUAGUGGGGUUUGGACUCGUGCAUUCGUGCGCCUGAUGGUUGAUGACUCACUACUGUAUGGUUUCCAACUAACACCGAAUACUGUUGAUCGAUGGAAAUCUAUACCAGGUGCAACAUCGCUUACAGAUGUCGAUCAAAUAGGUGGUGGAUCGUCACUAACCCUUCCCACAAGUGAACUCACGUGUUCAAAAACUGAUUUCAUCUAUUUACAACCUGGUCUACACACACUUGAUGUUGGUGCUAGAGGGGAUGGAACAGCAACACCAUCCAUGUCAGUACGAGGCGGUCAGUUGACUAUUGAAUUGAUACAAGCCGAUCAACAAGCAGAACCGAUGAAUGUGUCAAUGGCCAAUCCUCUCGGUAGAUAA